CACAGCCAAGAAGCAGUAGGCGUUUAGUUGAUGAAUUUUCAAUUCUCUUGGGCACUUCUUCUCGGAGGAGACAAAUUCUGGUCGUUGGUCCCUUGAAAGAAGAUGAAGAAGAUGGAUUUUGAUGGCAGAUCUAGUGCUGCGUUUGCGUUCAUCCAAUUCAAGUUGUUCCAUCUGCAACUCAUCGUCUCUACUCUUUUACUGUUCUUAGCAGCUGGGUCUCUUGGGUUUACCCCUGGAACUCAUAGAAGUGGCAGCUCAUCAGUGUUCUCUUUGUUUAAUCUCAAGGAGAAGAGUAGAUUCUGGAGUGAGUCUGUUAUACGUGGAGAUUUUGAUGAUUUGGAAUCUUUGAGCCCUGGCAAAAUGGGAGCUCUCAAUUACACCAAGGCAGGUAAUAUUGCAAAUUAUCUUAAGCUUUUAGAAGUUGACUCCAUGUAUCUUCCAGUCCCUGUGAAUUUUAUUUUUAUUGGAUUUGAAGGGAAGGGGAACCAAGACUUCAAGCUGCACCCUGAAGAACUUGAGCGAUGGUUCACGAAAAUUGAUCACAUCUUUGAACAUACACGCAUUCCGAAAAUUGGAGAAGUUCUCACCCCAUUCUACAAAAUUAGUGUAGACAAAGUGCAACAUCAUCAUCUUCCCAUUGUCAGUCACAUAAACUACAAUUUUUCUGUUCAUGCUAUACAAAUGGGUGAAAAGGUUACCUCUAUUUUUGAGCAUGCCAUCAAUGUUUUUGCUCGCAAAGAUGAUGUGUCCGGUAACAGGGAUGACAAGGGUGCUCUUUGGCAAGUUGAUGUGGAUAUGAUGGAUGUUCUUUUCAAUAGCCUUGUUGAAUAUCUUCAGCUUGAAAAAGCAUAUAACAUUUUCAUUUUGAAUCCUAAGCGUGAUCUAAACAGAGCUAAAUAUGGAUACCGGAGAGGUUUAUCUCAGUCAGAAAUCGACUUUCUGAAAGAGAACAAGGAUUUGCAAACAAAAAUUCUUCAGUCAGGAAAUAUCCCGGAAACUGUGCUUGCUCUUGAUAAAAUUAAGAGACCUUUGUAUGAGAAGCAUCCAAUGGCAAAGUUUGCCUGGACAAUAACUGAAGAUACUGACACGGUGGAAUGGUACAAUGUUUGCCAUGAUGCGCUGAAUAAUGUUGAGAGGUUGUAUCAAGGGAAGGACACCGCAUAUAUUAUCCAGAGCAAAGUUUUACAGUUAUUGAAAGGGAAGAAUGAAGAUAUGAAGCUUUUUUUUGAAAAGGGAUUAAAAUCUGGGGAUUUUGGUGAUUUCCAUGAAGAAUGUCUCACAGAUACAUGGAUUGGAAAAGACAGGUGGGCAUUGAUUGAUCUAAGUGCAGGUCCUUUCUCAUGGGGACCUGCUGUUGGUGGAGAAGGUGUGCGCACAGAAUUAAGUUUACCAAACGUGGAAAAAACGAUUGGUGCAGUUUCAGAACUUUCUGAAGAUGAAGCUGAAGAUCGAUUGCAAGAUGCUAUUCAGGAAAAGUUUGCCGUAUUUGGUGAUAAAGAACAUCAGGCCAUUGAUAUUCUUCUUGCUGAGAUUGAUAUAUAUGAGCUUUUUGCUUUUAAACAUUGCAAGGGAAGAAAGGUUAAGCUUGCUCUUUGUGAAGAACUUGACGAGAGAAUGCGGGAUUUGAAGAAUGAGCUUCAGUCUUUUGAAGGUGAAGGAUAUGAUGAUAGUCAUAAGAGAAAGGCCAUAGAGGCAUUAAAACGAAUGGAGAACUGGAAUUUGUUCAGUGAUACUUAUGAGGAGUUCCAAAACUACACAGUUGCACGGGAUACUUUUCUUGCACAUCUAGGUGCAACAUUGUGGGGAUCUAUGAGACACAUUAUAUCACCUUCCAUUGCUGAUGGUGCUUUCCAUCAUUAUGAGAAGAUAUCCUUCCAGUUGUUUUUUAUCACGCAGGAGAAAGUUAGAAACGUUAAGCAAUUGCCUGUAGAUCUUGAGGCUAUCAAGGAUGGACUUUCCUCUUUGUUAUUACCUUCUCAGAAAGCUAUGAUCAGUGAGCACAUGUUACCUCUAUCCGAAGAGCCUGCUUUGGCAAUGGCCUUUUCGGUUGCACGAAGAGCAGCAGCUGUCCCCCUAUUACUUGUUAAUGGAACAUAUCGGAAAACAAUACGUACCUAUCUUGAUUCUUCGAUUCUCCAGUAUCAGUUGCAGAGGCUGAAUGAUCAUGGUUCUCUUAAAGGGGUACAUGCCCAUAGCAGAUCCAUACUUGAAGUUCCAAUAUUUUGGUUCAUCCAUGGCGAGCCACUGUUAGUUGACAAGCAUUAUCAGGCAAAGGCACUUUCUGACAUGGUUAUUGUUGUUCAGUCAGGGGAGUCAUCCUGGGAAAGCCAUCUUCAGUGUAACGGGCACUCGCUUUUGUGGGAUUUGAGGAGGCCCAUAAAAGCUGCAUUGGCUGCUGCUUCAGAGCAUCUAGCUGGUUUGCUUCCUCUUCAUCUUGUCUACAGUCAAGCCCAUGAGACUGCUAUUGAGGAUUGGAUAUGGUCAGUAGGAAGCAACCCUUUUUCCAUUACUUCUCAAGGCUGGCACAUAUCUCAGUUUCAGUCUGAUACAAUUGCACGGAGCUAUAUCAUUACAACACUUGAAGAGUCCGUUCAACUUGUCAAUUCAGCCAUUCAUCUUCUUGUCAUGGAGCAUACAACUGAAAAAACCUUUAAACUCUUUCAGUCGCAGGAGCGUGAGCUAGUGAACAAAUAUAAUUAUGUUGUCGGUCUGUGGAGAAGGAUUUCAUCUAUUACUGGAGAGUUGCGCUAUGUGGAUGCCCUAAGACUGCUAUAUACUCUAGAGGAAGCAUCCAAAGGGUUCGCUGAUCAAGUGAAUGCAACUAUAGUCCUUCUCCACCCAAUUCACUGCACAAGAGAAAGAAAAGUACAUGUAGUAUUUGAUAUGACAACAUUUCCUGCUUUCUUGGCUGUUUUAGUUGUCCUCUAUAUCGUGUUGAGGCCAAGACGACCGAAACCUAAAAUUAAUUAAGACUUCAAGGAGAGGUCAUGGUUGCAGAGCAUUGGGCUAGCGUUCAACAUGAUGCCUCUGGUGUUGAUCAGUUGAGGCUUUCUUGAUUGGUCCUUGAGGGGAAGGGUUUUGCAAUUUUUUCCCCUGCUAAAAUCAGAAACUUUUCUUUUUCCUCCCUAUUAUAAAGGUUCACAGUUUGAGGCAGCAAAACUGUGUAUUCAAAUGAUGGGAAUGAGCCAUAUUUCAAGAUCCACUGGUGCAUGUGUACUUAUUCAUAAGAAAAGCGAAAACUGUAUUCGAAUGAUGGUUGGUCAGAGGGAAAUUAGGAAUAUAAUGCAAAAUUUUGAAUGCAGGUUUUUGGAAGUCUUGAAUUAUGCUAACCCGUUUCUCAUUGAUAGUU